AAUGUAUCUUUAUCCAUACAGAAUAAAGAGAAAAGCAAGGAGCAGAGCUCAAGCUCAGAGUUGCCACCUGAAGAUAACGGGACCUCAGCAGGUUCCUCUGGAAACUACAAAAGCUCACCCUCUUCAUCAACCCCAUCCAAAUCCCCCCAAGUUAGAUUUCCACUUGAUGCCACAUGUUCCCCCAAACUCUUUUCCCCUGACAGAGACCACAGAACCUUUUCCUCCUCAUCAUCAGACUCCGCUAAAACUCAGGGCGCUCCGUCUUCAUCUACGGGUCAGCAAACCCCUUCAUCUUCAGCAGGUGUGAAGAUCUGUCCAGAAACUUAUCAGGCACAGAAGCGCAUAGCAAGAUCCAAAGAAAGCGCAAAGGGCAAACCUGGCUUUAAAGUCUCUGCAGAGACUAAAGCUGUAAAAAUAGAUGAGUUAAGUUUGCAAAACUCCACUAAAAUGGAACAAUCUGCACAUGGAGAGACCUUGGCGCUGACCAGUCAGAGCCAGAGUCCAGAGACGGAUUUUCCAGAGAAAACGCUGAGAGAGGAAGCAGUCAAGACCAAAGAAAAAGAUGAUGGCCAGAGAACGUUGGAGAGGCAAGGUGAGGAGAAUCAUUCCAUCCCUGAUUCCCUUUGUGAGAAAACCGAUCAAGAAGCGGAGAAAGAAAAGAAGCAGGAUAUUGGUUUCGAUGCUAGCACGGCCGAGAUGUGCCAAAAAUCAGAUCAGGGAGAACUUGAGGCCAAAACUUGCACUGAAACUGAGUCGGGUGCUCCUGUUCAAGAAAAGGAGAGCGUCACCGAUGAAGUGUCUGUGAGAGAAGGAGAGCAUCCAGUCAAAGAUGAAGGUUUGACAAUAAAACCAGAUGUGAAAAUCGUCCCUGAAGAAAAGGAGAAUCCAGCAGUAAAACAGGACAGUUCAGAUCAACCGUCUGAGACUCCAACAGAGGACAGCAGGGCAGAGACAGAGGAUACAGUUCAAGAGGAGUCCAUCACUGAACGUUCUGAUAGAUCUACCAAAGAAUCAAACAAAGAUAAAAUAACACAAGACAAAGCAGCGGCUAAUGCACCGACCAUCACCUCAGGAUCUCCUAGAGGACGAAGGAAAAAAACUUUAGAUGAGGGAAAAGAAGUCAAGACGCCACCAAGGACGAGGAACGCUGCUGCUAAAAACGUCCCAUCGAAAGCCUGCGAGCAGAAAUCCUCAGGAACCUCUGGAGACGUUACCUUCAGAGAGACUAAAGAGGAGGAACAGGAAGCUCCAGCGAUCAGGACCAGAGCUCAAGCCAAGAAGACGGUGGAACUGACUCCAGUGAGGAAAUCAACCAGAGGGAUGAAGUCAGAAUGUCUGGGUGGAGAGAAAAAGGAAGAAUGCAUGAAGGGAAACAAAGCUCCUAGCAAACGGAAAGCGGAGCUUUCAGGACCUGAACCAAAAAGAUCUGCCAGUGCUGACAUCAAACUGCCUCCAUUUGACCCUAAAACCCCGCUGGUGUGGGGUUAA